CCAUAACCACAAGCUAUACUUAUCUUCAACACUGACACCAAGAAUUUUAAUACCCCCAAAGACUCCUUCUAAACAACAAGCAUAUAGUAAAUAAGAUUGAAUAAAGCUCCGUUUCAUAUAUUUUUAAAGAAAAUAACUCUUAAUAAGCUAAAAUAGUAGUGAUUAGAAGCAAUGUCUAGUAGUAGUAGUACUACCAAUGGAGUUGCUCUUUCUCUUCUUCUCUUUUUGUUCUCAUCAUCUUUGGUUUUACAAAGCUGGCAAGUUCUAGCGUCUCCAGCCCAAGAACAGACCAUCAAACGACUUGAUCCACUGCGUCAUUUCAAGUACUUCAAUGGAGUUUACGAUGUUAGAAACAAGCAUUACUGGGCUUCUACGGCAUUUACAGGAGUUCAUGGAUAUGCAAUUGCAGGAGUGUGGUUAGUGUUUGGAAUUGGCAUAGGAAUUUUCAUGAGUGUUAAGCACAGGAGCAUAAACAAUUGGCCAAUCAAAGACUUAUUGGAUAAUCACUAUCUUCUAACCUUCUUGAUGGUCCUUUUCUUUACCAUUCUUGCCAUAGGGGCAUCGAGUUUGGUGCUCUUGGCAAACCAGAGCUCUAUGAAGAGAAUGGAAAAUUUAAAGGGAACCAUAUUGAGCGUAGGAGGAGAGGUUAGAAGGAGCCUAAAACAUGUAAUGAAAGCAAUGACACAUAUGCAAUAUCUUUUGGUGCCGUACGAUCCAAGUAUGGCUUCAACUUUAAACACCACAACUCAUCGAUUAGGGAAUGAGUCAAGAAUCGUCCAAAAUUUUGUUGACAAGAAUGGCCGCUCCAUUGAACGAGCUAUUAAGAUUUCCUAUGUUGCACAUAUUGUGGUUGUGACAACCAACUUGGUCUUAAUCACUACAGCAUUAGUUCUCAUCCUGCUUCAUUGGUACCCAGCAUUUGUCUUCUUAAUUUUUCUGUGCUGGAUAUCAACAACACUAAUCUGGGUUUUGACUGGCUUUGAUUUCUUCCUUCACACCCUUGCAGAAGAUACAUGUUAUGCUUUCAAAGAUUUUGAAUUAAACCCACAAAAGAGUAGUCUAAGCACAAUGCUACCAUGCAUGGAUUCAUCUUACUCGAAUAAAAUGAUGGUUGAAAUAGGAUUCAUAGUACAUACUUUUAUAAUUCAGUUGAAUUCUAAAAUACCAGACUACUAUAAAUUGCUUGGAUUUGAUGGUGGAGUACAAAACGACUACUUAUCCGGAUUUGUAACUAUUUGUAACCCUUUUAAUGGAGCUCCUAACUACAGUUACAUCCCAGAAAGUUGCCCAAAAAACGCCAUUCCAAUUGGUCACAUUCCACAUGUUCUUGCAAGCUUCACUUGUUAUGAAAACGACAACGAAAGAUGCCAAAGAGAUGGGAAAUUUGUGAGCGAAGAAAUCUACAACAUGGCCUCAGCUUACAGUCGUUCUACUCAAGAUAUACUAAACGUAUAUCCAGACCUGCAAAGCCUGACUGAGUGCAGAUUAGUAAAGGACAAGUUUAGUUAUGUCGUUUUGCAUGAAUGUGUGCCGUUUCGAGUGGCGGUUCGGUUACUCUGGCUGUCGAUGUUGUCGCUUUCCGUAAUCAUGGUCGUUUUGGUUCUGAUUUGGGUCACCAAAGCUAUUCAAGACAAGGGUAGACGCUUCUCAUUGUGCUCUGUAAUCCCUCAACCUCGACCGCGAGACAUCAUACACAGAUUAUAGUUUUUAAGAAAAAUAAAUAUAGGAUUUUAAAUUUGUUCAAACAUUUUUUCUCUUUUUUUUUGUUAAUGUUUUGAAUAAUCAAAGUGGGAAUUAAAAUGUCAAAGCAGCAGUCCAUGGCUGUCGUAAGACAGAAGUAGAGCCAUGGAGAUUACAAUUGUAAAAGAAAUUAAUAAUGCUAAUGAGAAUAAUUCUACU